CACAAAUGGGCUUUAAAUGCGUUCAGCAGGCAGUGAAACUAGGCUGCAACACUCAGCUUUAAGGUGGGAAAAGAUGACCCGAAAACCAGUAAAGCAAGCGGCAACAGACGCUGCGUGUCAUAAGCGGAGCUGUCCUCACAUUAUCACGCACGACGUUAAGAGUUCCCUCGCUUACACCGUGAAAACGCCCCUCUACAUCCCUCCUAGCCCUUCCCCAACCGUAAGCCAUCCCUACCGGCUUGUGCCUGUCUACUGUCCCAGCCUGCAGGGCUACAUCUCCCGCGGCAGAGAGAAGGCGCUCCGGGGCGGUGGCGGCGUCCGCCUUCCAGUUUCCUGCAAUCUCAAUGAUCAGAAUCUGGACUGAAGCUUGACACCAGGACCUGACAGGACAGGACUGCAAUCCAUUUCAAUGACAACAGAGAAGGCUUUGGCUGGGGAAAUGAAGAGCGCAAUGGAGGGGGACGCCAGGAGAACCAAUCAGGUUCCAGAGGACCACGGGGAAGAUGAUAGCUCAGAGAAGACCCCCAGCAAAGCCUCCAAAUCCCCCCAGAAAACCACCAAGCGGCCCAAGACCAUCCCUGUCAAAGUCACUCUACUCGACGGCUCAGACUAUGAGGCUGCAGUAGAGAAAUUUGCCAAGGGCCAGACCCUGCUGGACAUGGUGUGUGGCCAUCUGAACCUGCUGGAGAGGGACUACUUUGGCCUGACUUUCCAGGACACGGACAACUCCAAGAAUUGGUUGGAUCCCUCCAAAGAGAUUAAGAAACAAAUCCGGGUUGGCUCCUGGAUCUUCGGAUUUUCCGUCAAGUUCUACCCUCCAGACCCAUCUGUGCUCAUUGAAGACAUCACUAGGUACUACCUGUGCCUGCAGCUGAGGGACGACAUCCUGUCCGGUCGUCUACCCUGCUCGUUUGUCACCCAUGCCCUUCUGGGCUCGUACACUGUCCAAGCUGAACUUGGAGACUAUGACCCCGAGGAACACGGCCCUGACUAUGUCAACGACUUCCACUUUGCACCGAACCAGACACGGGAGCUGGAAGAGAGAGUGAUGGAGCUGCACCAUAACUAUAGGGGAAUGAGUCCAGCAGAGGCAGAGGUGAACUUUCUAGAAAAUGCCAAGAAGCUUUCAAUGUAUGGGGUCGACCUGCAUCAUGCUAAGGAUUCAGAAGGAAUUGACAUAAUGCUUGGUGUGAGCGCCAAUGGUUUGCUCAUCUACCGAGACCGCCUAAGGAUCAAUCGAUUCGCCUGGCCAAAAAUCCUCAAGAUCUCCUAUAAGAGAAGCAACUUCUAUAUCAAGAUCCGCCCAGGAGAGUAUGAACAGUUUGAAAGCACCAUAGGCUUUAAGCUGCCCAACCAUCGGGCCUCGAAGCGACUGUGGAAGGUCUGCAUUGAGCACCACACCUUCUUCAGGUUGGUUUCCCCAGAGCCGCCACCCAAAGGCUUCCUGGUGAUUGGCUCCAAGUUCCGCUACAGCGGUCGGACCCAAGCCCAGACCAGACAGGCCAGUGCUUUGAUUGACAGGCCUGCUCCACAGUUUGAGAGGUCUGUUAGCAAGAGGUACAUGCUGCCCCGAAGCAUUGAUGGAGCCUCAGCUCUAGGUGACAGUAUGGACCAGUUGUCCCAGCGGAGCUCCAGUGAACGCACGCAGUUCAUGUCCAGAGAAGACCUCGAUCAAGAGGGAAGCCUGGACCUGGAUCAUGAACACUACCAAUAUCAGGACCAGGAUCAGUCCACAGAUCAGGAACUCGAGCAGCAUGAACUUCAGGACCAAGAUCAGGUUCAGAAGCAUACUCAGGGUGCCAGCAUCUCAACGGCCACCAAGACUUUGGAGCUUAAGGGUGAGGAGGCAGGCUCACCAUCAGACUCAAAACCAGAGGAUCAGGCCACCCCUCGGCCCAAACAGGAGCAGUUCUUGGAUAAGCCAGAAGAUGUUCUACAAAAGCAUCAGGCCAGCAUCAAUGAGCUGAAGAGAGCUUUGAGGCAACCUAACAGCAAGAUGGGCCAGAGGGAGAAACGCCUCUCGUCAGCUACUCCUCCUGGAGGAACUCCUGAGCGGAAACCAGCAACCAGUGAUGCCAGAUUGAUUGACAAGCAGGAUGCUUAUGAAGGAGGGCUGGAUACUUACUCUAAAAUGGAAAAGAGUAAGACCUCUUCUGUGGGUAGAGACACAUUCGUUGUGACACCUUGGACUGAAACAAAUAUGAACAAUUGUCAAACACCCAGGGACUCUUUGAAAACUAGACCUGGAACAUCACUGAAACAGGCGACAGACCUGAACGCUAUGGAUGAAAGAGUAGCGACUAACGGGCAUCAUGAUUCUGUAUUAGCAAGAAAUUUUGUUCAAGAAAACGGAUAUGGAUCUCCACCUGACAAACAGAGGGAUGCAAUGAUCACCAGAGAUAUGAGGCAUUGUCAUCGAGAGAGACCAAAGGCGUCUGAAGCUCCGUUGGCUAUGGAUUCUCUCCCAAAGGGCAACGGGUCUGGAAUUGAGAGUGACACCAGGCAUUGUGACACUUGGAAAAUAAAAGACCCAAAGCCCAUGGGAGCAAAAGAUUGCAACAAAACAGGGAACUCACACUCCGAAGUCACAAAAAUAGUCCCUCUCAAGCCACAGAGAUCAAAGAAGUCUUUGAAUAAAGAGAACAAAGGUGCUGUAAACCCUCAAACUCAAAGCCAGUCUGAUGGAGACAUCUUUGUUGUGACUGAGGAUGUACAUGUGACAAAAUCAAAGGACAGAUCCUGUGAGGCAGGAUUUAAAGAUGAUGGUAAUACUGUACUGCAAUCUGCAACAGAUGUUGUCAAGGAAAACACAGAGGCCACCAAAUACCACAGCGAGGGUACAAUGUCAUAUCAGCAGCAAACUGUACUACAUCAGCAGAUUAAGAAGGAGUUGUUUGGACAACAGGAGCUCAGAGAGUGCAGAGGUACAGGACAAAGUCAGUGGACAAGAGGAGGCAUGCUACAUGACGAUCAUUUUCAAAACAGCUCAGAGUUUAAAGAGAAUGUGUUCUCUAGCUCCAAAUUUCCCAUAGUUCCCCCUCGAACUCUUCCUCUGAAAACGCAGUGGUCCCGAGACAGGCAGACCAACAUGGAUAACAGCCACAUCCACUACAGGACAGCCGGCCAAGAAGCAGCCAAGAGGAAGCAAGCGGAGACACCUCCCACACCUGCUAUUCACGAGGAGCCCCUCAACGAAGCUUCACGGGAACCAUGGGAGAAACGUCUGGGCUCCGUCUCAGAGGACGACCAGGACCAUGAGAUCCUGUACCUUAAGGAAACCCAUCUGGGCAUUGAGCGCAAAUGUUCAAGCAUCACAGUCAGCUCUACAUCCAGCUUGGAGGCUGAAGUGGAUUUCACCGUCCUCACUGACCUGCACACAGGCAUGGAGGAGUUCUCCAGGGGCAUGUCAGAGCUGGGAGACAGGGAUCUGUCACCUGAUGGUGGUCUGUGCUUUGGCAUUGACUUGCUCCAGCAGCAGCAAGGCCCCCCUGAACCUCCUCCUCCAUUAGUGUCAGCUCCUCUGUCCAGAGGAGCCAGCAGCAGCCCUCCAGCCAAACAUAUCCAGACCGAAGACGUCCGACCUGAGAUCAAACGGCCCGACGUGCAGCCUGUAGUCCCCAAAAAACCAAAGAGGUCAGUGCCGGUGUCGUCGUCGGUGGACAGAGAGCAGUCGCACAGAGAGGCCAGUCGUGUCCCUGCCAUCGCACCACUGAGCAGGGAGGCCAGUGAUGUCAUGCCCACGCCAACAGUGAGGAAGACGGACGUCAGGACGGAGACCCAGCCCAACGGGUCAGAGGUUACCACCACCAUUGUGGAGUUCACAGAUCAGGAUCACGGUAUCACAGGCUUAAGUGAGGUUUCAUACUCUACGAGACAGAACAAAUCUCCUGUUCACGUGAGCAGUCUUGGAAGAGAGGCAUCGGCUUCACCCAUCCUUGUCACUGAAAACGUUACCUCGGCAACCACUCAUGUCACCAAGACAGUGAAAGGAGGAUAUUCAGAGACCAGGAUCGAGAAGAGGAUCAUAAUCACAGGAGACGACGAUGUGGACCAGGAGCAGGCUCUGGCUAUUGCAAUACAGGAAGCCAAACAGCAGCAUCCCGACAUGCAGGUGACCAAGGCAGUUGUUGUCAGGGAAACAGAAUCGACCACUGAGGAUCGACACGGUGCAUCAGAGUCUUGAUUUCCUGAGACGAGAGUGCCCCCCUUUGGACCGCAAGUGUCAGUACCUGAAAUUGCCCCCCACCAUCCUGCACAGACUACUGCCAGUGGCACUAAAAAGGAGCUUCAUGUACACAUUCACGCACACACAAAGCUGAAACAAGACUCCUUUUGAAUUUUUUUUUAUUUUCAUCCAAACAUUCAUGUCCAGCAAGUACUUCGUCAGACAUGCAGCAAAAAAGACAAAAAAAAAAAGAGUAAACCUCAUUCAUGGUCCUUGAUCGGUCAUCAAUAUGCCACCAGAAAUCCAAACUUUGAGAACAAUUAAAGAGAUUAUCCAACUAAGCUCCCUCAGGGCAUCUUUAGCCAAACCACUUGCUUAAGUAUUCCUCAAAGGUCAAAAAGAAUUAGUGCACAAGAAGUUUUUUUUUUUUUUUUU